GGCGGCUCCGCUGAGCUCGGUUGUCUGUGCCCGCGCCCAGCUCUGCGAGGGGGGAGCUGCUGCUCCGUCUUUGUGGCCGCGGCUGCGGAGGGCGGCGGUGCUGCGGUUCGCGGGGAGCCGAGCCCCGGCGCGGCAGCGGCGGCAGCCAUGGGGCUGCAGCCCCUGGAGUUCAGCGACUGCUACCUGGACAGCCCCUGGUUCAGGGAGCGGGUGAGAGCCCACGAGGCCGAGCUGGAGAAGACCAAUAAGUUUAUCAAGGAGUUGCUGAAGGAUGGGAAGAACCUGAUCGCCGCGACCAAGAACCUUUCAGCGGCCCAGAGAAAAUUUGCCCAUUCUCUGAGAGACUUUAAAUUUGAGUUCAUUGGUGAUGCAGAGACUGAUGAUGAAAGAUACAUAGAUGCAUCGCUUCACGAGUUUUCAAACUUUUUAAAAAACCUUGAAGAACAAAGAGAAAUUUUGGCACUCAGUGUUACUGAAACUCUGAUCAAACCUUUGGAAAGAUUUAGGAAAGAGCAGCUUGGAGCUGUAAAGGAGGAAAAGAAGAAGUUUGAUAAAGAGACAGAGAAGAACUACAGUUUGUUAGAAAAACAUUUGAAUUUAUCAGCUAAGAAGAAGGAGCUGCAAUUACAAGAGGCAGAUAACCAAGUGGAGCAGAACAGAAAACACUUCUAUGAGCUGUCCCUUGAGUACGUGUGCAAGUUGCAGGAGAUCCAGGAGCGGAAGAAAUUUGAGUGUGUGGAGCCUGUGCUAUCAUUUUUUCAGGGCUUAUUCACUUUCUAUCACCAAGGAUAUGAACUUGCUAAAGACUUCAAUCAUUACAAAAUGGCCUUGCAGAUAAAUAUACAAAAUACACGAAAUCGCUUUGAAGGAACAAGGUCAGAGGUAGAGGAGCUCAUGAACAAGAUCAGAAGAAAUCCUCAGGAACAUAAAAGAGCAAAUCACUUCACGAUGGAAGGCUACCUCUAUGUACAGGAAAAAAGGCCUGCUCCCUUUGGUUCCAGUUGGGUGAAGCACUAUUGCAUGUACAGGAAAGAGACAAAGAAGUUUUCCAUGAUCCCAUUUGAACACAGAUCAGGAGGAAAACUUGGUGAUGCGGAACUCUUUGUCCUUACGUAUUGUACCAAAAGAAAUACAGAUACAAUAGACAGGCGAUUCUGUUUUGACUUAGAAGCUUCAGACAGGCCUGGAGUUCCUGUGACCAUGCAGGCAUUUUCUGAGGAAGACAGGAAGCUGUGGAUGGAAGCCUUGGAUGGAAAAGAAGCUCUGCUCAUCAACUUGAAUAGAGCGAAUGCAAAACGAGAGGGAAGUGCACAGUUGGAUAAGAUAGGGUUCACCAUCAUCAAAAAGUGCAUCAGUGCUGUUGAAACACGAGGUAUAAACGACCAAGGAUUGUACAGAGUUGUGGGGGUGAGUUCAAAGGUCCAGAGACUUCUGAGUUUGUUGAUGGAUUCAAAAACCUGCAAUGAAGUUGACCUGGAAAACUCUGUAGAUUGGGAAGUGAAGACAAUUACGAGUGCUAUGAAGCAGUAUCUGCGAAGCCUUCCAGAACCACUGAUGACAUACGAGUUGCAUGGAGAAUUCAUCGUUCCUGCCAAAAGUGGGAGUCCAGAGUCUCGAGUCAAUGCUGUUCACUUCUUGGUCCACAAACUCCCAGAAAAGAACAAAGAGAUGCUGGAGAUUUUGGUGAAACAUUUAGCGAAUGUUUCAAAGCAUGCCAAGAAGAAUCUAAUGACUGUGGCAAACCUAGGCGUAGUAUUUGGACCAACCUUAAUGAGGCCACAGGAGGAAACUGUAGCAGCCAUCAUGGACCUGAAGUUUCAGAAUAUUGUCGUUGAAAUCCUGAUAGAAAAUCACGAGAAGAUUUUCAAAACCCUGCCUGAUGCUACUUUCCCUGAGCCAAUCCCUAUGUCAGUGUCUCCUCCAAAUGCCCCACCAAGGCAGUCAAGAAGACAAGGACAGCGUACUAAGAGGCCUCUGGCUGUUUACAAUCUCUGCCUGGAGUUGGAUGAUGCUGACAGUCACAGCUCCCCCAGAGAAGACACCCCAACUGGGAGCAUGGAUUCUCUUUCUUCCCAGUCUCCAACACCUGCAUUCUCCAGCAGCCCCCUUGGGCUCUUGGAUGGAAAUCACCUUAUCAUGGAUGGUGGAGAUCUUGCAGGCUGGACAGCAAAUCUUCCUGCUCAAAGCCGCCCAUCGAUGGUCUCAUGGAUGAACAUUCCAUCUGCUAACCCAGCUACCACAGAUGCUGCACUACCCACUUUCUUCUUCCCCAGCCCUGCCACUGGCACUGACAGAGCAGUGGAAAGUGUUGCCCACCGAAAAGCAAGAGCAGUUUAUCCAUGUGAAGCAGAACACAGCUCGGAAUUGUCAUUUCAGAUAGGAGCAAUAUUUGAAGAUGUGCAAUUUUCCAGAGAGCCAGGAUGGCUAGAAGGCACGUUAAAUGGCAAGAGAGGACUUAUUCCACAAAAUUAUGUUCAGUUUUUAUAG